AUGGAGAACGCAUCUUUCGUUCUCAAAGAUAUCAAGAGUGUUGUUAUUGAGGAUCGACCAAAGCCGCGGCUUAAAGAUCCUCAUGAUGUGAUGGUACAUGUUGCACAGACCGGUAUCUGCGGUAGCGAUGUUCACUACUGGCAACGUGGCCGCAUUGGUGACUAUGUUCUUAGCGGCCCCAUGGUCCUAGGACAUGAAUCUUCUGGUGUCGUCGUUGAAGUAGGCGAUAAAGUAAAAAACCUGAAGCCAGGCGACCGCGUUGCCCUUGAACCUGGUGUCCCAUGCCGGCGGUGCGACUAUUGCCGUGGAGGAAACUAUCAUCUUUGUGGUGAUAUGAUCUUCGCUGCCACUCCUCCAUGGGACGGUACACUUGCCAAAUAUUAUAUCAAUGCCGCAGACUUCUGCUACAAAGUGCCUGACUCUAUGUCACUAGAAGAAGCAGCUAUGGUUGAACCCGUCUCUGUAGCCUGCACAAUCGGCAAAACAGCCGAUCUCCGUGCCCACCAGACUGUUCUCGUUCUAGGUUGUGGUCCUAUUGGAGUUCUCAGCCAGGCUGUUGCCAAGGCCUGGGGAGCAAAAACCGUCAUUGGCGUUGACGUGGUGGAAUCUAGGCUUGAGGUUGCUAAGCAAUUUGGCGCCGAUUACACCUUCUCUCCUCCACGAGUGGAGCCUGGUGAGGAUCCUAUUGCGCAUGCGGAAAAGGUCGCAAACUUAUUGAAGGAGAAAUUUAACCUUGGCGAGGGGCCUGACGUUGUUUUGGAGUGUUCCGGUGCGGAGCCAUGUGUUCAAUUGGGAAUCUUCGCAGCCAGGAGAGGUGCGACUUUCGUUCAGGCUGGCAUGGGCAAGGAGAAUAUCUUGUUCCCAAUCACAGCCGUCUGUGUUCGAGGGUUGAUCAUUAAGGGAUCCAUUCGUUACUUGACAGGGUGCUACCCAGCUGCAAUUGACUUGAUCUCCAGCGGACGCAUUCAGGCCAAAAAGUUGAUCACGAACAGAUUUAAAUUUGAACAGGCCGAAGAAGCUUUUGAGUUAGUUAAGGCAAGACGGCAGGACGUUUUCAAGGUUAUGAUUGCUGGCGUUGAUUACUGA